AUGAGAGCAGCGCGAGCGUUUGGAGAGUACCUGUCCCACACACACCCUGAGAACCGAAACGGAUCAGCCCAUCUCCUGUCUGACACGUUUGUGGGCCCAGACUCUGUCUCCCCUGGAGGUGUCCGUCACCACAACAACAACCAUCCAUACCCCCACAGGGGCUCUCCGGCCUCCCCGGCCUCCCCUGAGUCCAGCCUGGUGAAGCAUCCGCUGGACCACCUCCAGCCCCCGCCCGCCUCCAUCACCACCACCAAGACCCGCCUGUCUCUGGAGCGCAGCUUCUCGGCCGAGGAGGACCAGCAGAAGUGUGUGGAGUGCGCCCUGCAGCCCGCCCGCGUCUACACCAUCACUGGAGAGCACGGUAUGCUGGGUAGCAACCGCGGCAGCAAGGAGAGCCUGGAGCUGGAGCUGCUGAAGGGGGCGUCGCCCCUAGUCCAGCCCUCCACCUCCCCCUCCUCCACCUCCUCCUCCUCACCCACCCAGCACCACCUCCGUCACGGUCACCGCAGCAACACUCACCCCUCCCACCAUGGUCACCAUGGCAGCCACCACCACCUAUCCCAGCAGCCUCUGUCGAGCUCGGUCAGCGCGCAAAACAUCCGCAGCUGGGGCGAGGGGGGCAAGGGGGACUCACGGGAGGACUGCAGCCUCAAUGUGGUCUUGGACUCUAGUGGGGCCCCGUCCCGUAGCCAGGGCUCCCUGGAUCUAGAGAGCUCCCGCGAGGCAGGCAAGCAACACAGGCGCCUAGAGAGGAUGUGCAGUGUGGACCGGAUGACUGGGCUGGAGAGAGAGGACAACAACUGGUACCCAAAAGACAAUAUGUUCAGCUUUCAGACUGCUACUACCACCAUGCAGGCGAUAUCGAACUUCCGGAAGCAUCUCAGAAUGGUGGGCAGCAGGAGGAUGAAGGCACAGACAUUUGCCGAGCGUAGAGCGAUGAGUUUCAACCGCUCCUGGAGUGACCCCACCCCUGUCAAGAAUGACUCUCUACAUGACCCCAGAGACAGUGGGGACCUGCCAGCUUCAUGUGGGACCCUGAAUGAGGGGGAGCGUGAGGAGCUAGACUGGGAGGAGGAGAGGGAGAUGGAGAGACUUGCCUGUGAGGGAGAUGACUUCAUCCCACCCAAAAUCAUGCUGAUCUCCUCCAAAGUCCCCAAGGCGGAGUACGUUCCCACCAUCAUCCGCAGGGAUGACCCCUCAAUCAUCCCUAUCCUCUAUGACCAUGAACAUGCUACGUUUGAUGAUAUCCUCGAGGAGAUUGAGAAGAAGCUAACAGCCUACAGGAGAGGCAGCAGAAUCUGGAGGAUGCUCAUCUUCUGUCAGGGAGGUCCAGGGCAUCUGUACCUGUUGAAGAAUAAAGUGGCCACAUUCGCCAAGGUGGAGAAAGAAGAGGACAUGAGCCAGUUCUGGAGGAGGCUGAGUCGGUUUAUGAGCAAAGUGAACCCUGAACCCAACCUCAUCCACAUUAUGGGCUGCUACGUCCUGGGAAACCCCAAUGGAGAGAAGCUGUUCCAGAAGUUGAAGAACCUGAUGAGGCCUUACUCCAUCGAAUUCGAGUCGCCACUGGAGCUGUCUGCGCAGGGAAAAGAGAUGAUUGAGAUGUACUUUGACUUCCGUCUCUUCCGUCUGUGGAAAACUCGCCAGCACUCCAAACUCCUGGACUACGAGGAUCUUUUAUGA